AGGUACAAAACCACGAGACGUUCCACGAGCUUUGAGCCAUGGCCUCGUCUUCAGAUUACGGCUUGGCUUGUUUGUAAUAAUAGCGUGCCGGCGGCUCGAGCGUCGAGGUCAACAGCGACGGCGCUAUAGUGGACGUCUGCCAAGCACUUACGCUGUUGCGGAAACCACUUUGUCGCGCCGUUCGCCUUCAAACAGGCUACAUCGCUGACGCCUCACGGCUUCGACAAUGGCGGCGGAAGUGUUCCGGACCAUUGAAGGCAUAUUUCUAGGCAAACACUUUCCGGACGAUGCGGUACGGUCAACCCUAGCGUACAAGCCACGACCUGGAGACUUGUUCAUCGUGAGCUACCCUAAAUGCGGCACUACGUGGACACAACAUAUCGUCUACAACAUUCUUACAGACGCCCAGGAACCGAAAGAUGAUCUGGAGUUGCUGCUGCGCCUUCCUUUCUUGGAAAUGCAAGGAGGGGAAGCCGCUGUCUAUGCACCCAGACCGGCUGCCUUCAAGACCCACUUACCUUUUGACAAGAACCCCUACUCUCCCGAAGCGAAGUACAUCUACAUCACGAGGAAUCCUUACGACUGUUGUGUGUCGUUCUACUAUCACACGCGAAACAUGCCACCUUACCUUUUCGAGCACGGCACGUUCGACGAAUUCUUCGAGUUAUUCCUUCAAGGGCGAGUCGACUUCGGAGACUACUUCGAGAGCGUUCUCUCCUGGUACGCGCACCGCAAUGACCCCAACGUGCUGUUCUUGACUUACGAAGAGCUCAAACGAGACAUCGGGUCUGGAGUACUGAAAAUCGCGGCUUUCAUUGGUGAAGAAAAAUACAUUAAGAUUGAACAAAACCCAGAACUUCACCGCGAAAUUCUCGAGAGAUGUAGCAUGCAACACAUGAAAAAAGAACUCAACGAUGGGCCUGAGGCACUGGAAUCGGAAUUGAAAGAUUUACCUCAGCUCAAAACACUGAGGCCGGAACUCCUCAAAGGGGUUAAAAAUGUUCUUGAAUUUACAAAGAAACCAAUGACGGGUGAAUUCAUCAGGAAGGGGCAGGUGGGAGACUGGAAAAACCAUUUCUCAUCUGAACAGAUUCGACGAAUGAAGGAGAAGAUUAUCGAGGCUACGAAAGGAUCGGACCUCAUGAGCUUGUGGAAAGACGUGGACAUUCCCCGUAUUGUCCCCAAUUAAGAAGACUGCAAAUACUGCACAAGGAAUUGUCGAGUGCAGAACUGCAGGAAUAACUUUCUAUUCAUACUUUUGUUGGCCACAAGUGUUGUGAAAGGUACGAGUGCAGUGCCCCACAAGUAUGUCAUAACGUUUCUCCCAGCAAAAGAUGCUCUUAUGUUUUGGUGCAUGUAGAAAUGUCCG